GGACAUACCACACACGGCCAUGGAACCCUGACGACCAUUUAAGCGUCUUUGGGAGGCGCCAUGGAUACCUCACACUUGCAUGCCUCGCAAGGCGAACCACCCGCCCCGCAGAUAGAUAACUACCACCAUGCCCGCCACGACCCUCCGCCGAACUACCCACCACCUUCCUACGAUGAUGCGACUGGAUCGCCAGCUGCGCUGCUGCUGGUCGGGCCGCCACCGGAUUAUGGCGCCUUCAGAACUUAUCACGACGAGUCCUCCAUCGCAAGUAGCGAAGUGGAGGCUACAGACAGGUCGCUUCCAGAAUGGGUUGGACAGGCAUUGGUUGUCUUUGUCUUUGUGACUAUCAUAUACGGCUUUUACAGAAUCAUCAACACUCCGGAUAGCAUGGACGACUUCCCUGGGUGAACUGGGAAAGACGCGACACCCCAUCCCACCCCGCGCCUUACCAGCGAGCCAUGAGCAGCAUACUUCCGCCUCCUCUUCGAAAGCCGCCCCUGCCUGUCGAGCCUAGGACAGUAUCUUACAAUGGAGCAACGAGAUCGCAAUAUCUCGCUGCGAGCAGUUUGGAGCAGACUGAAGGAGUACCAAUGAAGCGCAAGGGACACACUCCGCGAGUCGCUACAGAGACAAAUCAAACUGGGGAAUCACAAGGCGAACUAGAGUAGAGCGUGGUCCACGACCGAUUCCUCUGGCGGGAGGUUCUUGUCAUCUAGUUGAGGGAUUCAUCCCAAAGAGCAUCUCAGAUACAAGGAUCAAGAGAGUAUAGCAUAUAAACAAUCACCACCGUAUCUUCAAAAGUCAGAGCUGUUGCAGCAAUGCAUGGCUUGCCAAGG